CCUGAGCGGAGGGUCCGCUCUUCUUUCACCAACCUCUGUCAGUGUAACCCUCCGCCUGCAGUAGAUGUGCUAAGGCUGGAGUAGCCACCAUUUUGCAUGUCUAGUGUGUUCCUCCCUCCAUUGCUAAUAGAGACGAUUCCAGUUCUUUUCUGGUAUCACAACGGCUUAAAAUGCCAGCUCCGAUCAGACUGCGGGAGCUGAUCCGGACCAUCCGGACAGCACGGACCCAGGCAGAGGAGCGCGAGAUGAUCCAGAAAGAGUGUGCUGCUAUCCGCUCGUCUUUUAGGGAGGAAGAUAACACGUACCGAUGCAGAAACGUAGCAAAGCUACUUUAUAUGCACAUGUUGGGCUAUCCGGCACACUUUGGACAGUUGGAAUGUCUGAAGUUGAUUGCAUCCCAGAAGUUCACUGACAAACGAAUAGGUUAUUUGGGAGCUAUGCUGCUGUUGGACGAAAGACAGGAUGUUCAUCUACUAAUGACGAAUUGCAUUAAGAAUGAUUUAAAUCACAGCACACAGUAUGUCCAGGGCCUGGCUCUGUGCACUUUAGGCUGCAUGGGUUCUUCAGAAAUGUGCCGUGACCUUGCAGGGGAAGUGGAGAAGCUGCUAAAAACAUCCAACUCCUACUUAAGGAAAAAAGCAGCACUGUGUGCAGUUCAUGUCAUCAGGAAGGUCCCAGAACUCAUGGAAAUGUUUCUUCCAGCCACAAAAAACCUGCUGAGCGAGAAGAACCAUGGUGUUCUUCAUACAUCAGUUGUUCUCCUCACUGAGAUGUGUGAAAGAAGUCCUGACAUGCUGGCUCACUUCCGAAAGCUGGUUCCACAGUUGGUGCGAAUCCUGAAGAACCUAAUAAUGUCAGGGUACUCUCCUGAGCACGAUGUUUCGGGCAUAAGCGACCCUUUUCUGCAGGUGCGGAUAUUGAGACUACUGCGAAUUUUAGGCAAGAACGACGACGACUCCAGUGAAGCAAUGAAUGACAUUCUUGCACAGGUGGCAACAAACACAGAGACAAGUAAAAACGUUGGCAACGCAAUCCUGUAUGAGACAGUACUGACUAUAAUGGACAUCAAGUCUGAAAGUGGGCUGAGGGUUUUGGCCAUUAACAUUCUAGGUCGCUUCCUUCUUAACAAUGACAAAAAUAUUAGAUAUGUGGCAUUGACAUCUCUACUAAAGACGGUACAGACAGACCACAAUGCAGUGCAGAGGCAUCGGAGCACCAUUGUGGAUUGUUUAAAAGACCUUGAUGUGUCCAUAAAGAGGCGUGCAAUGGAGCUGAGCUUUGCCCUCGUGAAUGGAAACAACAUCAGAGGCAUGAUGAAAGAGCUGCUCUACUUCCUGGACUCCUGUGACCCGGAAUUCAAAGCAGAUUGCGCAUCAGGAGUGUUUUUAGCUGCUGAGAAGUAUGCCCCCUCAAAAAGAUGGCACAUAGACACCAUAAUGAGAGUACUGACCACAGCGGGGAGCUAUGUGCGAGAUGACUCUGUUCCCAAUCUCAUCCAGCUCAUCACCAACAGUGUAGAGAUGCAUGCCUACACUGUACAGAGACUCUACAAAGCUUUACUGGAUGACAUCUCGCAGCAACCUCUGGUGCAGGUAGCGUCAUGGUGCAUAGGAGAGUAUGGGGACCUGCUGGUGUCUGGGCAAUGUGAGGAGGAAGAACCCAUCCAGGUGACCGAAGAUGAAGUUUUGGACGUGUUGGAAGGCCUGCUGGUGUCAAAUCUGUCCACACCGGUUACCCGAGGCUAUUCCCUCACUGCCAUCAUGAAGCUGUCUACUCGCUUCAGCAGCGUAAACCGAAUCAAGAAAGUGGUUUCAAUAUAUGGCAGCAGCAUUGAUGUGGAACUUCAACAGAGAGCAGUGGAGUACAACGCGCUUUUCAAGAAAUACGACCAUAUGAGGCCAGCUCUCCUUGAGCGAAUGCCCAUUAUGGAGAAAACCGCUACAAAUGGCCCCACAGAAAUUGUACAGACAAAUGGGGAGACAGAAUCUUCUGUUGUGGAACCAAAACAUCCACCACCUGUCACCCAGCCACCCAGCCAGGCUAAUGAUUUGUUAGAUUUACUGGGUGGUAAUGAUGUACCAGUAAUCCAGACAACGAUGCCCACCAAGCCCGCCUCAGCUGGAGGAGAACUACUUGAUCUGCUGGGUGACCUCUCACUAAGUGGCGGUCCAGCCCCUGCUCCUGCACCCUCAGUGCCCACAUCUCAACCCACUUUCCUCUUGGAUGGCCUCUCCUCACAACCCCUGUUUAAUGACAUUGCAGCUGCCGGUAUUCCUCCCAUGACGGCAUACAACAAAAAUGGUCUGAAAAUAGACUUUACAUUUGAGAGAGCUAACCCAAACCCAAAUGUCGCAGUCAUCACCAUCCACGCAUCAAACUCUACAGAUUCAGACAUGACAGACUUUGUUUUUCAGGCUGCAGUACCAAAGACAUUCCAGCUGCAGCUCCUCUCCCCCAGCAGUAACAUUGUCUCAGCACUCAACCAGGGAACUGUCACGCAAGUCAUCAGAGUCCUUAAUCCACAGAAACAACAACUACGAAUGAGGAUCAAGCUGACGUACACCCACAAAGGCUCGGCUGUUCAAGACCUGUCUGAGGUUAAUAACUUCCCCCCACAGUCGUGGCAGUGAUGACCUGCUCCCGUUGCUCUUAAAAGCCCCACCUAGGGAACUAUGAAAACCUUUUUUUUGUUUGUUUGUUUGAUUUUUUUUCCUUUCACCUCCCACCUCUCUUCCAACGGAUACACACACCCCCCCCACCCCCCCACCCCCCUUUUCCCAUGUGGCAUCACUGCAAACCGCUGCCCUUGACUUGCAUGGGAAGCAGCAGAGCAUUGAACCCAGGAGAAAAAAACUGAUGUCACCAACGCCCUCCUGACAUUGCAAGAAUAAUUGGGAAAGCAUAUCAAUCAAUAAACUUUCUCUUUUUCUUUCAUAAUUGGUUUCCAUAAUCUCUCUACUUAGUAAGCUGUACUAUUGUUCACAGGCCCAGCACCGUUUUACUCACAGAAGCACAUGUGCACAUCACUCUCUGGGGCUCGCUUUUCCUCUCCAAGUCACUGUAGGGGAAAAGUCGGAGCCCGCCGCGGGCACUUCAGUAACCACAGCUCUGUGCCCAAAUUCAGUGUAGGUACUUGGCUCCCUUUGACUUAUCAUGCACAUUUUGGACAUGAAGGAUCAGCCCUGCAGCAGGAGAAGCUGAGGAAAGGUUACUUUGGCGCAGUCACAAACUUUUUUGGCAACCUGUUAAUUUCACCCCCCACAUGACGAGCGAUAUAACUUCUCAGAGUUGUAUUCAUUUUUGAAUUACAUUAAUUUGCUUCUAGCAUGUUUGAGCAUCGCUGGGAUCACAGUCAAACAAAGGGGGGCUCUCAUUCUGCUGGCAGACCUCUUUAAUCCUGUUUCUAUAGGAAGCCAUCUACACCUGUUGCAGUGAUGAGGUCUGAGAUGCCCUGUUUGAACAUCUGAUUUUGAAGAAUAAGCUGUAAUCUCACCUGGAAGAGCGCAAACGGCUCGUGGGUGUAUAGCUAGCUAGUUUAUUCAGUGGGUGGAUAUCACAGCUGCAAAAGUGAUCCGAAAGCAGGUCGGUUGCAUUUGCGUUUGAAAUCUGCAUUUUUAACCUUUCCUGCAUCUUUGUCAUCAGAGUAGUUUUUGAAUUUACAUUUCAGAUUUGUUUAACCUGAUUGAACUUGGUCACCAUGCACAUACAUGUACAUUUAAGAUUGUUAUGAAUGUAGUUACAUGCACUGAAUGCUCCCCCUCUUAUUCCCUCUUUUCAUGUCUUCUUUGAUGGGGACGUUCAUCUUAUUGGCACUAUUUUUGUCAAGGUAUGUUUUAUUUCUGCAGUAAUUUGACUUUAUGCCUGAUAUCAAAGUGAUGUGCCUUUUUGCCUUAGCUAGACAGAAGCCCCUGAACUGUUGAGUACUGUAUGAGCUUUGUUUGUAAGUCUGCUUGUGUGAUGACGACGACAGCGUUUGCAAUCUGAUGAAAAGGAUCCAGAUGGAUUUGAAUUGGUAUAUCACAUCAUUUAAUUUACCCUUCUUUACUUGUUAAUCGCCUACCAAUACAGGCCUGCCUGGAUGUCCAGAGCAAAAACGUUUUGUCUUUGAUUUGGCUAAAAUUUUAUUUGUAGUUAAAUUAAUCUGUUUCAUGGCAGUGUGUCAAAUUUAGCAGGAAAAGUACAGGCUGGGUGAUGUACCGAAUCCUGAAAACGUAGUAAAUUGCAAAGAGAAUGGCAGCUAUUAGAUGUAAACUUUCAGAAGCUGGCAACAAGGUUUCAUGUGUUUUGCUUAAUUCUAAAUGUUGAAUAUCAUCAUGCCCCCUCCCAGUCCAUCCAUCAAUAGACAUUGAAUAGUUUGGAUCUCUUCCGGAGGUACAGGAACAGGUUGCUUUGUGGUGAAUGUUUGAGCUCACUCUCUUCAUUGACAUCUCCAAAUCGGCGUUCUCACCAUGCUGUUGGGAACAGGAACCUUAAGAAAUACCUCACUGUGUUCUUUUUUUGGUUUUGUUUUUAAAAAAGAUUUUCUUUCAACUUUUAGUGGCAGUGGAUUGGCCGCUUCGUUUAGCCAUUAUUUGCAAUCGAGGGGAGCAUCUGCAUGAGAGAAACUAACAGUAGUUUGUGCAUCUCAUCACUAAAACAUAUACAGCCAUACCAUGCUGUGUCCAGAUCCUCAGAUGCUCAGUCAGACUGUAUUAUUCUUUUGACUAUGCUUCACUAUCUUCUAACUUCUGUGACCAAAUCAGAGAGACUAUUAGCUUUGGAAAUAUUUUUGAGCUAUGAUAUGUGUAUAUGGAGAAAAUUAUUUCAGUUGAACUUUUUUCCUUUUGUUGACAAAUGCUAUAUUGGCUUUUUUUCUGUACAUAUUGAGGGCUUUUACAAUUUUGUCUCUUGUACUAUCUUUCAUCCUUUUUUUAGAUACCAUUUUUCUAAAAAAAAUUCCAAUUAUUCACAAUGUAUAUUGUCUAAAUAGACCUAGUCGGCAUCAGUCUAAAACGACUUCCCUGUAUCAUCAGUCAUUCAUUGUAAAAGAUAUAUGAUCUGCUGCCUGUACAUUGUAUAUAGUUGUAAAACAAACGCUGAUCAGAUUAAAUAAAACCCACAUAAGAUUAGCUAGAAGGUAUAAUUGUAUGCAUAUAUGUACAAAAAGAAUCUUAAAAGGAUGCAACUGAGCUGCGUUUUAGUUACCGUUUGUCAGACUUAACGAUCGAACGCAUCGUCGUUGCUUUUAAGAAGUGGGUCAGCUGGCAACGAGGCGGGGUCGGUUUAAAUGAGGGUAGAAUCUGUCCCACAGAUACCGUUUGAAUGAUGCACCGUACUACUGAGGAGCGUUAGGGCUUCGCUUGCCUCCUCUCGGCCUCAAACGCCUCACGCCACGCAGAGGUGCCGCUCUUUUGCCACGAUGCAUUUCUUCCAUCUGGCCUUACGUGCACUCUCCGCAUUCUCCUCCACCCACAAAUCUUCUAUGAAGCGCAGCCCCCUUUUUUGGUUUUGGUGUGUUCUCUUUCUUGGUUGCCUGGUGACUAUUUUGUCACGUAGCUCCUUCCAAACAAGCAAAGACACUACUGUUCCUGGGGUUGGAGGUUUUGUUACCUGUUCCUUAGUCAUUCAGCUUCCCAUCAAAGCCACCAGAUUCAAGAAGUUGUUUUUUUGUUUUUUUUGUUCUGUUUUUUUUGCUUUUUUCUCCGGGAUAUGAAAAAGUAGGAUUAUUUCUAUGUGUGCAAAGGGAUUUUGAAGUGUUUGCCCCUGAGUGUGAACAAUACACUGCAUUCUUUUCGCUUUUUUUUUUUCCUCCUCUUUUAGUGACGUGCCACUGAUGUUAUUUGUGUCUGCGUGGCACAGCUUCCAUUUCUAAUUUACAAUGAUCCGGGAUAAAAGGAAGUGACGUUGAUGUGACCUCUAACAAUUUGUUAUGCAAAAAUUGUCGGACAAUUCUUUCUGUCGGGGCCAUUUUAACAUUUUAUUUGCUCCAAUUUGUUUUUGUUUCGAUACCCCCCCCUCCCUCCUCCAUAAGGAUUUGUGGAAAAGCAUGUGCUGUAAGCUGAUGAUCACAAGGGGGAGCUGUGCAAAGUGGAAGGCUGAUGGGAUGGAAAAGGAAGUUUCUUAAACCUGUUCCUGAAUGUUUUUGUGUGGUUUGUAUUGUAUUAAUCAACCUGUAUGUACCUUUCUUAAUCAAAUUGGAUUAUUUCUUUCUGUGACACUGUUUAAAAUGUACAAAUGAAAGUGAGCCCAAUAUGAGUGGUUUGGGCAAGGUAAUAUGGAAUUAAGAAAAGCGGCUGUGUGUGUGUGCGCGUGUGUGUGUGUAUCGGAGAGAAGAUGAUCACAGUUGACAGAGUGUGAUGAUGUGUGGCUUUUAUCUCGAUAGGACUUUUUUUUCUUUUUUUGCAGCAGUGAACUUUCAGCUUCUGAGCUGCAUGCGGAAAAUGUACAUUUCUACUCUUGACUUGGAUUUUCCUUUUUCUUUUUUUUCUUUUUUUUGUGUUGUCAAAUUUGAAUAUCAAACCAGACACAAUACCCCCCCCCCCCUCCCCCUCCCUCCAUGGAUCAGCACUAACCUCAACAGUUAGAAGCUUCUCAGAAACAUCUCACAACACUGUUAAUGUUUUUAAGAGGGCAAUGGAAGAUGCACUUCAGUCGCUUGAAUUAUUGGUCUUGUUUGUGGUUUUUGUUGAGUUUUUUUUGUUUGUAUGUCGGGAUGAAAUCAUUGUGUGAAGGGCUGGGCAGAAUGUCUAAAUAACCACCACGUUCACUUUCCCUGUUCGGUCUAAAAAUGGAGAAAAGAAAAACACUGCAUCCAAUGUAUUUUGAAGACAUAAUCUGUAAACCCCCCCCAACCACCUCCUCCUCCACGACCAACUGUGACUGAAAACAAAAUAGUUUUUGAUUCUUUAAGGGGGGGGGGUGAAGGCAUGAGGUUCACUUUUUCCAGUCAGCUUCGACACCUUCAACGGUUUCCGAAAUUCAUGGCUUCAAGCAGAGUGUGAAAGUCCGACUGAAAAUAUGAAAUGAUUAAAGAUGAGAAGUUGUAAACUACUAAAUGGGAUAUUUUCAAUUUAUGCUGUGUACUCUUGUCUUUGGGUUGGAGAAAAUGAUCAAGCGAAUAAAAAGUCAAUUCAAAAAG